AUGCCGCUCAACCCACAAAGUCCCUCCGUGCACAAUCAAAUGAUCACUCGAUUUAUCAAACAUCCAAAAUCUACAAACUUCGAUGGCGAGCAAGACAAACCCACCAAGCGUCCAAAGACUGGUGAUAGUCCGAAAAAGGCACCUCCUACACCACGCAAAAAGAUUAAGCGCCAAGCACCCGAGUUGGAGGGUCAUGACGAGCGUGUGGAGCUGAAAGUAGAAGAGGAGGACCACGUAACAGAUCUGGAGAGUGCACUGCCACAUGUAACCGUUAGCGACGAUGCCAUCAAGGAAUACGAAGCGUAUAAGGCGUCACAAGAAGGCGAAACCGAGGCAGCCGACAAACGCUUGGAAAAUCGCACAUGGAUCAGAGGCAAGAGCUCGCUCUACGUCGAUGCAUUCAAUCUAGCACUGGAUACUGUUUUGGAUGAGGAAGGACACCUCUUUGACGAAGCAGAAGCAGACAUCUUUCGCAUAUGGCGGGGCUUGAAUUAUGAAGCACAGUACUUAUAUGUACGAUUGUUCCUGCGAAAGACAUCUGCCUGGCAUCGAAUAAAGAACCUUGGCUACCAUGACGAUAUCUCGGAUCUUGAAGCCGCGGUCGAAACGUUACAACGUACAUACCAACUGCCUGCAUCAUCUUCCAAAGCCGAGUCACAUCCGGGCGAGCUGGAAGGGCCGGUAGAGACGGUGCUGGGAACUUCCUUCACUUUUGCGGAUCGAUCCGAGGAAGAGAUAAGCACACUUGAAGAGGCGUCGUCGCUAUUAAAACUUGAUGAACUCAAGGCUCUUGCAAAGGACGCCAAGGUCACAGGGAAGAACAAGAGCGAGCUUUUAAAGGCCCUGCGCCGCACAAGCCAGAAGCAAACUGGUCUAGGCUACGUUGGGCUGAAACGCUCAGAUUCGGAAAGGUCUAGAGGAUCAUCCGUGUCUAGAUCCCGUCCAGAGACUCCAGAUAUAGAGGUGGAGCUCGAGGGUGACCUCUCGGAUGACGCCAACCGCGAUACACAUUUUACGCGUAGGAUCAUGCAGGAGACGGGAUCGUGUAUACGGCUUUCGCUGGCUCCCUUGAAGCUCUUCGAACGCGUCCAUCUCGUCUUUUACCGUUCGACGGAAUGGACAGAGAAGUCCCUUACAACCAUCAUUCUGGCUAAGAUUGCACGCCGAAACUUUCCCGAAUACAUUGUCUCUCGGUCAGCAAACAUCUUCGCUUCACGGUCAUUACUGUUGGAAUACGAGGCGUCCGUCCGCACUCAACAUCGGAUAGACGGCAUUUUAGAGUUCAGCGGUAGACCUACAGAGAAAGGAUACCAGGAAACUCUAGACACAUUCGAGGAGAUAUACCCUCGCUGGCGGGUCCUUGUUCAGGAAGAGCAGCAAAAGGAAGAUGGUAUAUAUCACAGUGGUGAGGGCUCAUACCUCCGUCGACUAUCACCAGCCUGGGUAUACACCCGCAUCGUCCACAAAGCGCUUGAUGUACUCAGGCGCCGGAAAGAACACAAACGCGAACACGAGAUUGUAACCGAGUUGUUGCGCCAGCGUCUUUUCCAUCACUCGCGGAGAGGUGCAUGGUAUCAACGGAAAGCACUGCUCGAAGAACACUACAUGGCAGCGCUCACCGAUGCAGAACAGAGAAGCGCGGAGAAGCAAAAGAGGCAUUGGAAACUCAUUGCGCUACAGACAUGUGAAGAUGGCCUACAGGAUAACCUUGUGCAUAUUAUCCAUCAUUACGAUCUCCAGAAGCGCAUCACCAAACUUGAAAUGUCUCUCAAUUUUGCCAAACGGCUACAACAUGACUUUUCACAUGUGCGCUUAACAAAGCCGGUUGAAGUCACCAUGGAAGGAACGCGGAUCGAGCGUGAGAAUUCCUUGUCGUCAAAGCGCAGCAACUCUCCACAUCCCGGAAGGCGUGGCGGCAAGACGGUCUGGAUCGACCCCCGCGAGGACGGCGAGUGCUCAGUCGAAGCAAUGUGUCUGUCGCACUACCGUAACCAAGGCUGGAAAGGUUAUCACAGCGAAGGCGGCAUAAUAAGAACUCUCUUCGCCUACCUAUUCUUCGACGUCCUCUUCACAUACGUACCCAACGUAUUCCAGACACCGUACCAAACUUGCCCUCUGGACCUGCACACCGAUGCUUUCUACCCCUCGCGCCUCUCCGAGAUCAACGCCCGGCUCAACGAGAUAUCCAACGGCGACGCGCCAGGCAUCAUCCAAAGAAUAUACAACGACCACCAUGAGCGAAGGACUUGCGUCGUUGGGCUCGACUGGAGCUAUGAUGUCGCUGAUCUCCUCGAGAUUGCACAGUGUUUUGAUGGCGAGGCGCUCGCUAUGGUAUGCAAAGUCAUGGCACAAGAGUAUGGGCAGAGAGGCGGUGGUGUCCCUGAUCUCUUCCUCUGGAAAACCAGCCCGGAGGAAGGAGGCAAGGGCGAGGUCAAGUUUGCCGAAGUCAAGAGCGAGAACGACCGGUUGAGCGAUACGCAAAGGCUUUGGAUCCACGUGCUUUCUGGCGCGGGAGUGAGAGUCGAACUUUGCGCUGCGGUGGCUAAAGAGGUCAAGGUUGUUUAGAGCAUGUUGUUAUUGUCACGGCUG